UUAAUUGAAAAUAAUAAAUAAUUGAAAAUAGUAUAAAUUUACGAAAAUGGCUUGUUCGACGCAAACACUUAAGGUUUUUGCAUUAUUUUGGGAUGCAGUUUUUGCGAUCCUCGGCCUAAUAUUGCUGGGAUUGGGUGUGUAUAUUGUUAUCGAAUUUGAGCACUUCAACAAUGUGGCAAUCGUAGUGCUUACUGCCGGCAUAAUAGUUACCUUAUCUGCUCUCUUCGGAUCCUGGAGUGCGGCACGCGAAAAAAGUUGCUGGUCAAAGGGAUUUGUCGUGCUGUUGGUUAUAUUAGUUAUUUUACAAUUGCUGAUUGUCGCCUUUUUCUGGAUAUUUGAAACAUCGCUUUUGAUAAAUGUAGACAAGACAUUCGAUCAAUUAUGGCGGGAACAACCGACACCAAUCAAACCAGGAAAUGCCAGCCAAAUUGCAAGCUUAGAAAGAUGGCUUGAGUGCUGUGGCAAGACUGGUCCAAAAGAUUACCUUUUACCACCGUAUAGCUGUUAUAAUCACAACGAAAAACUCAAUGCGGAUGGUUGCCGUCAGAAAUUUUUGGAUUACGUGUCUGACCGUUGGAUAUUCUUUAAUAUCUUUGUGCUUGUUUUGGUAUUGGUUGAGCUCAUCUGUGCAGCUUUCGCAUACGUUUUGGCUAAUAGCAUUCUUAAUCGCUGGCGUCGCUCAAAAUAUUAUCCAAAAUAAAUAAUUAAGUUAUUAUUUCUAAAACGAAUACAUUUAAAUUAAUUUGUAAUUUACACCAAAGAAUUCUCAAUACUGUGCAAAUAACUGAUAUAAAUAUCUGUAAAAUAUUUGCUAGUCUACCUCAUAAGUUCAGUAGUUCUGUCUUAUAAAAAGUGUCCAAAAUGUGCCAAAACUCGUGUUCAACAUUCAAAAAUUCAUUAAACAGGAUUAAAAACUAUUCGAAAAUUAGUUUUAAGUCGAAUUUAAACGAUUUUUGUA